AUGCGAAUUCUAACAUUAGCACUUUGUAUCGUUGUAGCUCCAUCUAACAUCACUUCAAAUGCCAAAUGGACACAGAAAGGUGUCACCAUUGCAGGAGGGUGUGGCAAAGGCACUGCACUAAAUCAAGUUUCAAGUGCUCGAGGCAUCUAUGUGUGUGAUGAUCAAACAAUUUUGAUUGCUGACCAAGAUAAUCACCGUAUAGUGGAAUGGAAUCGAGGUGAGGUCAGCGGACAAGUAGUGGCAGGUGGAAAUGGAAAUGGAAAUGGAAUUAAUCAAUUGAAUAGGCCAACAAAUGUGAUUGUUGACAAAGAAACAGACAGUCUCAUUAUCUGUGAUCGAGGGAAUAAACGAGUGGUACGGUGGUCUCGUCGAAGCGGCACAACAAGUGGAGAAACGAUGAUCGACAACAUCGAUUGUUUCGCACUGGCUAUGGAUGAUCAAAGAUUUCUAUACAUCUCAGAUGGUGGAAAACACGAAGUCAGACGAUAUCGAUUGGGAGAAAAAAAUGGAACUGUAGUGGCAGGUGGUAACGGGAAGGGUGAUCAUCUCAAUCAACUCAAUAGCCCUGGCUACGUCUUUGUGGAUCGCAAUUAUUCGGUCUAUGUAUCGGACUGGCUCAAUCAUCGUGUGAUGAAGUGGGUCAAAGGUGCCAAAGAUGGAAUUGUUGCGGCAGGUGCUCGAAGUCCAGGCACUUCUCUGACACACUUGUACGGUCCACAAGGAGUCUUCGUCGAUUCUUCAGGCACAGUUCUUGUGGGAGACGCAGGAAAUAAUAGAGUGAUGAGAUGGAAAAGCGGUUCCUCACAGGGACAUGUGAUUAUUGGCGGAAAUGGUAGAGGACAACAAGAAAAUCAAUUGAAUCAUCCUGAAGCUCAACAUGUGACCAUCUUUGAACAAGAUGAUCAUCAACUGACCAAAGAAUUAAGAGAAUUUACUUUUCUCGAUAUUCACGGCAAAUUUGAUUACAAAACAGUUAAACCUUAUCGUUUAAUGGUUCAAACUCACUUUUGUCAUAGUCGAAGUGAUGUUGAAAUAUCAAGGUUUCGUCUUUGA